AUGUCGGGCGGACAAGCCGAGGAGAGCCUUCUUCAUGGCCGGGUGGCAGUGUGGUUGAGCAUGUUGGGCCUCUCGGGACGAGCAGGGGGCCUUCGCGGGGCGAAGAGAGCCCACUGGAAGUAUGUCGACCACCUGCGAUGUGGUGCGACAACUCGCCCGAACAAUGUCGACGGCGGUCGCCAUGCUGGUCUAGUGCACCCACGACCCGCAGAGCUGCUGCCGAAUGGGAUAUCGCUGCUCGUUGCGCCUCCUCAACUUCAUCGCACAUGUGGGGUCACGGAUUCUGGAUCGACGGGAUUGAAAUCGUGGGCGGAGGCAAGAUGCUCCAAGUCAGAUGCUCGUGUCACAGGAACAGCAAACAGCAAGUCACCGCGAACGUUCAAGGGACCCCGGCUACCUUGUGAAACCGUUUCUCGGAAGACAAGGCAGACAACCCUCUGGCAACAAACCUCGCAAUCUGUCGGGCGUAUCGCUGUGGAUCAGGCCUCCAAUGCGUCCGCGCUCAACGAUAUCGAGAUUUCAGAUCCAAAGCCAAUGCACCUGCUAGGAACAAGGAUACUUAAUUGCCCCCACGUCGUCGUCUCUGAGCGUGUGCAAGGCGGAGGACCUUUCACGAUCUUCAUGUUCAUGUAG